GCCAUUUUUAUCAGAAAUUUCACUUUUUGGCAUCCCCCAAAAUGCAAAGCAUUUCUUUUUCAGUUUUUUACCGGGCCUAAGGAAUGUGUGUGUAUAUUCACGUAUUUGUUUUCAGGGGUUUUGGAGUUCCAGAAGUGUGUUUCUCAGAAAUUUCAAAUACCAAGGGCUGUGGGGCUCGGUAGCUGCAAGCACUUUUCGACGCUAUAGCAGUGUACCCAGCGCCGUAGAAGCCAACGUGACCUUGACGCAGAGAAGACCAAACAGGAAACUUUAAAUGGGAUACCUACCCGUCCUAGACGGUUACACGGCCUACCAGUCCCUCUCAUAUAACCUAUAGCAGGGAGAGUAGAUGCUACAGUGGCUUAGCAAUGGAUUCAAGGAGGCCAUGUGAACCAGGGCCCUGCGGGCACUCACAGGUGUGUGAUUAUAACUCACAGGUGUGUGAUUAUAUAUACACGGCACAUGGCUGUGGCACUGGACGCAUGAGUAGCAGGCAGAACCAGUGUUGCCAUGGCGGCCACUAGAGCUGCCUACAUUUUCACCACAUCCAUCUUAUUCCUUCUCUUGCUGUUGCUGAUCCCCGUUGCUCUCGCCAAGGAUCAUCGUACUCAUGCCGCCAGCUACCUUGCCAGAGGUUCAUCGGUGUCCAUCGAAGACGGCACCAUCGCCACCACCACCACCAUCCUUGCGUCGCCCAACGGCCUCUUCGGCUGCGGCUUCUACAAGGUGGCCACCAACGCCUUCGUCCUCUCCAUCUGGUUCACCGGUUCGUCGGCGAGGACCGUCGCGUGGACGGCCAACCGCGACGCGCCGGUGAACGGCAGAGGGUCCAGGCUCGCCUUCCGGAAGGACGGGGGCCUGGCCCUGCUCGACUACGGUGGCAUGCCCGUCUGGAGCACCAACACAACCGCAACCGGCGCCAGCCGUGCGGAGCUUCUUGACAGCGGCAGCCUCGUCGUCCUGGAUCCAGACGGUCGGAGCCUCUGGACCAGCUUCGACUCACCGACCGACACGCUGCUGCCGUCGCAGCCGAUGACUCGGAACAUAAAGCUGGUAUCUGCAUCUGCCAGGGGCUUGCUCUAUUCAGGUUUCUAUACACUAUACUUUGACAGCGACAAUGUGCUAAGACUCAUCUAUAACGGCCCUGAGAUCAACAGCAUAUACUGGCCUGACCCUUUCAACAAACCGUGGGGAAAUGGAAGGACUACUUACAACAGUAGCCGUCAUGCUGUUCUUGAACAGAGUGGCCAGUUUGUCUCGAGUGACAACUUCACAUUUGAAGCUUCUGAUCUUGGUGAUAUGGUCAUGAGGAGGUUGACUCUGGAUUAUGAUGGCAACCUUAGGCUCUAUAGCCUCAACCAGACAAGCGGCCACUGGUCAGUUUCUUGGAUGGCGUUCCGCCGAGUCUGCAAUAUACAUGGACUGUGUGGCCAAAACAGCAUUUGCAAAUACUCCUACAUGCCCAAGCUCGAGUGCUCUUGCGUGGAAGGCUUCGAGGUGGUUGAUGCAAGCGACUGGAGCAAAGGGUGCAGGCGCAAGGCAAACAUGACAGCCAGGAAGGACAAGCAGAGAAAACAAGAGGCAAGCAUCAACGCCACCCAGAUUUUCUCAUUCAGAAAGCUCGCAAAAACUGACUUCUAUGGGUAUGACUUGGCCUAUGCCGCGCCGGUGUCAUUUCUGACGUGCAAACUUAUGUGCUUGGACAAUGUUGAUUGCCAAGCUUUCGGUUACCGUCAGGGAGAAGGCAAAUGCUAUCCAAAGGUCAUUCUUUUUAACGGCAAGAAUUUCCCACGCCCUUACAAUGACAUUUAUCUGAAAAUUCCCAAGGGGGCCUCUUCGUUAGAAUUGGCUUCUACAGCAAACCAUACAUGCAGAGUUCAUGAGAAAGAAGCCAACGCUUCAUCGGAAAUGUUCAAGGAUGGCACUUCCAAGUUCAAGUUUGGCUACUUCCUUUCUUCUGCAUUAACAUUGCUUUUCGUUGAAGUAAUUCUAAUCAUCACCGGUUGUUGGGUCGUUCAUAAAUGGGAGAGAAGACCAGAGAUUAUAGAUGAAGGCUACAUGAUAAUAUCCAGCCAGUUCCGAAUAUUUAGCUACAAAGAGUUGCAGAAGGCAACCAACUGCUUCCAAGAAGAGCUAGGAAGUGGCGGAUCAGGAGCAGUUUACAAGGGAGUCCUCGACGAUGAAAGGAAGGUCGCGGUGAAGAAGCUGAACGAUGUGAUCCAAGGAGAGCAGGAGUUCAGGUCUGAGAUAAGUGUCAUAGGCAGAAUUUACCAUAUGAAUCUGGUCAGAAUUUGGGGGUUUUGUGUCGAGAAGACGCACAGGCUCUUGGUUUCAGAGUUCAUUGAGAAUGGUUCCUUGGCCACGAUUCUUUUUGAUCACCAGAGCAAUUCUCCUGUGCUCCAAUGGGGCCAAAGGUACAAUAUUGCACUUGGGGUCGCAAAAGGACUGGCCUAUCUCCACCAUGAGUGUCUUGAAUGGAUUGUGCACUGUGAUGUCAAGCCAGAGAACAUAUUGUUAGAUAGAGACUUUCAGCCCAAGAUUGCAGAUUUUGGACUGAUGAAGCUGCAGCAGAGAGGAUCAAGCGCACAAAUGUUGUCAAAAGUGCAUGGGACUAGAGGCUACAUUGCGCCAGAAUGGGCUCUAAAUCUUCCCAUCAAUGGUAAGGCCGAUGUUUACAGCUAUGGCGUGGUGCUUAUUGAGUUAGUGAAGGGGGUUCGCCUUUCCAGAUGGGUGGUUGAGGGCGAAGAGGAGGUUGAAAUGGCUGAUAUAUGCUCUAUUGAAAUCCUUAAAGAAAAACUAGCCAGCGAAGACCAGUCAUGGCUUCUGGAGUUUGUUGACCACAGGCUGGAUGGAGACUUCAACCAUUCAGAAGCACUCAUGAUGCUUAAGAUAGCAGUAUCAUGUGUGGAAGAAGAGAGAAGCAGAAGACCGAACAUGAGCCAUGUGGUCGAAACUCUGCUUUCACUUGUGGAAUAAUGUUCAAUACUGUGUUUACUACCGCUACAUCUAGCUGGAUUGUGUAAGAAUAAUAUUCUGUGAUGUUGCACAGAAAAAUUGCCCUUAUCCCUGCCAUAUGCGGCAACUCUACGGAUUUGUAUCAAUACCUAACUACUCUACAGAGUACACUAUGUAGUAGUAUUUCACUUGUCUA